AAUAAGAAUGUUUUUAUUCUUGAUUAUCGAGUUAUUUAAAUUCGAAAAAAAGUAAUACGGCUAUACCCACGCGGUGCGUAUGUAUACAGAUAACCCAGCUGCUGCAACCUGCAAGACUAAACUGCCGAGAAAGAAAGAAAAACAAGAUAUAUCAAAAUGUUCACAAUUGCCAAACUGAAGGAACAAUCCUCAAAUUCUCCAUAUAGAGUUCCGAUAAAAGUCCAGACUGUGCAUGUAGGAGCCACCAACACUUAUAUAAGAGAUGGGCAAACGAAAUCGAACACCACAAUAGGCUUUGCUGACCAGACUGGUGCUAUCAAAGGCCAGUGUUUUGAUAUGGCCAAGUUGAACACCAUAAAACCAAAUUCAACACUCAUGAUCAGGAAUUUCAUCUAUAGAGAUCAGAUGAUCAUCAUCACUUCAGCAACCAAGGUAUCUGUCACAGGUGGAGUUGGAGAUGUAGCAGAGGAAUACAAAACUCUGGCUGUUGAAUUGGCUAAACCACCUGCACCUCCAGCAGUGAUGCCUAUUGAAUUAGCAAAAAAGACCACUCCAGAUCAAUUUGUCUCUAUAAAAGGCAAAGUUAUGAGAGUUGAUGCCAUAGUAGAGAGAGUAACUCAGAGGACGCAGGAGACUAUCAAACUUCGGCAGAUAUAUGUGAAAGACUCCACAGCUGAAGUAAAGAUCAGUUUAUGGAGACAAUUGGCUGAAAACACAAUAGAAGUGGGGAAAACCGUCAAAGUGACAUUUCUUAAACUAAAUUUGCACAAAGGAGAAAUCAGUCUUCAGACAAUACCACAAAGCACUCUUGAGUUUGUAUCAGAACAGCAUAAUGUGACAGUAGAUGGUUUUUACAAAGAGGAGGAUACCUUCUUUCUGGUCUGCAAGCAUGAAGGAGAUAUUUUCUCAGACUAUAAAUGCCCUCUUGCAGCUCUACAAGAUAUAGUUGCAGAAGAUGAAGAAAUAGAAGCUGUUAUUGAAGGGAUGAUUCCUUUUACUGCAAACAUCGUUGUAUCAGCAAACAAUACAGUAUCAUCUGUAUCCAUUGACAUGUAACUUGAAUGAAAAUAACAACAGAUUUUAAAUGACUUUAAAUUUUUAGACACACUUGAAAUUCCAAACAAGAUGAAUUUUAUUGCCAAAUUACUGUAUUAAAAUGUUGCUAUACUUUAAAAUCAACAUUAACCACUACUUAUUUUCAAUUAUCAUAUGUAUCACAAAUCUCUAUAAAGACAAAUUUAUCAUUAUAAGUAAAGAAAGUACCUUUUGAAAAUUUGCUUUUUUACAUUAUAGAAAUUUUUAACUCAUCACAAUUUGUUGCUUUAAUAUUUCUUCUCAAUCAAAUUAUUUUUUUAUGUCAAUUUGAGUGCAUAUGAAGUUUAUAAAUAAUAAGUGCACAUAAUCUUCAGAUUGUUGGUUAAUUGUUCUCUGAUGUAAAUUAUAUGAAUUGUUGUAUAGUUUGUUGAAAGUAGAUGUUAAUAAUUUAGUGCCAAUUGUUAAGUUUUGAUAUAUAAUCUAUAUAUCCAUGUGUUGCCAAAUAUAUAUGUUAUAAAGAUAUGAUGUGCAUUCAUAAUGUUCAAAAAGAUAUCGUUAUGUAUGUAGAUAUGAAAAUGCUACCUCAAAUCAUAAGCCUGAAUUUUCACAUGAAUUGUUUACAUUCAUACUCUGGAAGUUAAGUUAUAUAUAUACAUGUCAAUUCUACUCACGUAUUCAAAAUUUAUUGAUAUGAUAUUUCAAAAUGCAAAUCAUCAUUAUCACCAUGAUAUAAUUUCAUAUCAAUUUGAAUGGAACACUCCAUGACAUUUGUGUCAUUUACAAAAGUAAACAAAAAGUUUACAACAAGUUAUUGAUGUACAUAAUGUGAUAGGUUAUGCAAUGUAUAUAUUUAAGUAUCAUUCAGUGAAUCGGAAAUGGAUGCAUCAUCUUAAAAAUAAUGGUUCAUGCCUAUGAAAGGCAUUCUCUUGACUUCCUAGUAUUUGAAAAACAUACAAAAGUAAUGCAAACAUUUAACACUAUUUGAUAAAUUUUAUCUCAUACAAGGUAUCCAUUUAAGUAUGAUGAUAUUUAUAAUAAAUACAAUAAAGCAAUUAGUAUGCAAAGCUCCCGUCCAUGUUAUAUGUUCUCGAUAUAUUAAUAUUUUUUACCAUGUUUAGUAGUGAAUCUUUCAUUUUUUCAUGUGAUCUCUUUUUAUUAUAUUAUUUAUUAUGACUUUUAUUAUACAGUGUGAAGUUUUGUAAAUGGUGCAUGAUAACUUGUUGAGUUGUUUAACCAAUCAUAACUUGUUAAAAAGAUGAGUGAUUAAUACCCUAAUCCUAACUUAUAAACCAUUUACUUUACAUAUAAUAGUUAUGGUGCUACAAGUUUAACAACA